AUGUGGGACUCCCUCUCCAGUCCACCCGAGGGCCUCAUUGGAGGUUAUCAAGGGGGCAGCCUCGUGAUCAAAAUUCUCAUGGCAGUCUUCAGUUCAAUUGCUCUCUACAAUGCCGUUGAACUUGUCAUCCUCAUUUUCCUCACCUUCACGCGCUAUAGUGGUCUUUAUUUCUGGACCAUGCUACUCUCCGCUUUUUUCGCCAUUGGGCCGAUCUGGUUCGCGGUCACCUUCUCCACGAUCGGCUUCUAUUUCAUGGUCCCCGGCCAAUCCAUCGUCCUCUACUCCCGGCUCCACUUGGUGGUCCAGAGCCAAACGCUACUCCGGCGGGUGCUCUACCUGAUCAUCUUUGACGCCAUCGUCUUGCUGAUACCCACCACCAUUCUCACCUAUUCCACCAUCUAUAUCGGCACCGUUCCAAUCAUUAAGGGAUACAAUGUGGUGGAGCGGAUGCAGUUGGCGUGGUUUUGCGCGCAGGAGAUAUUCAUCUCGUUCAUCUACAUAUUUGAGACCCUCAAGCUCCUCCGGCUGCGACCGGAGAAGGACCCUGAGCGGCAUAAGACCAUGUAUGAGUUGAUCGCCAUCAACCUGGUGAUCAUUCUGCUGGAUGUCGCACUCUUGGUUCUCGAGUACGUCGGCCUCUACACGCUGCAGACCACUCUCAAGGCCGCCGUCUAUAGUGUCAAGCUCAAGCUAGAGUUUGGUGUCCUGAGAAAGCUUGUCUCGCUUGUGAAUACACGCCACUCGGAAUCGAGUUCGUCGGAUCAGGAAGACUUCCCAACCUUUGUUGAUCCGGACCAGAUCACUGGGGAUGUAACACAUGCGGCCCCUGCCAAUAGUCGAAGGCAGUCACGGUAUCCGUGGACCGCCAUCUCCAUGGACAGUCUGAUUUUAUCCGAACGAAGAAGUCAGCACGUUACUUCUUCAGAAUUACCCCGCUCUCCGUGAAGUGCAACUUAUUCCACCCCCCCUGUCUCACUCCCGAGAGACUCCCACGCCGCUCAUUUAGCGCACGGGACUCCCACUGUCCCUGGGGUUCGGCUUCUGUGAUCGUGUAUAUAAGCAUUGAUAGAUAGUUUCAGAUGAGUAUACUUGUACAUACAGCCGGGUUUGUAUAUAUAUAUAUAUAUAUAUAUUUUUUUUCCCC